GGAGACCCGGGCUCCCCUCCAACCGUGCUGGAAGCCGCUUGUGCGCUCGGUGGCGUCGCUGUCCAGGAGGACGGAGAAGCUGCUCGCCCCGCGGGUGCCGCGUUUGGAGAUGUAGCAAAGAGCCAGCAUCCAUUAACCACGAAUCAUGUCAGUGAAACUAACCUUUGCCUCCCCUGCUGAUGGGGGAAGAAUCAGCAGGAGCCGUUCCUUCGCUGGAUUUAGCAGCACACAAAGCCGGAUGUUGGCAAAAUCUCUUGGCAAAGCAUCCACAAGAUCCAAAAUGUCAGUAAAAUCUGCCAAGAUGUAUUCUUCCCUCCAGAAAGGGGCCGUCCUCUGCGAUCCCAAACCGCAACAAGUGAAGAAGAUUUUUGAAGCUUUGAAGAAAGGGCUUAAUGAAUAUCUGGAAAUGCAUCAAACAGAGCUGGAUUAUUUAUCGGAGUGCCACCGAGACAGAAGAAGAAAUUCCAGAUUGGGUUUCUACUAUGAUUUGGACAAGCAAAUCCGCUCUGUUGAAAGAUAUAUUAGGAAACUGGAAUUUCAAAUAAGCAAGGUAGAAGAAUUAUAUGAAGCAUACAGCAUCCAGUGUAGACUGCGAGAUGGUGCUUCAAAUAUGAAACAUGCUUUUUCUUUGUCUCCUGCCACUAAAGCAUCAAGAGAGAGCCUGGUAGAACUCUACAAAAAUCUCCAAGAAUGUACAGAGGUGUUUAUACGGCUGGGGCGCCAAAAGUGGAAAAUAAAAGGCAAGAUUCUGACAGAUGACAGUCAAACUUGGGACGAGGAAGAAAAAGUUUUUAUACCCAGCCUUCAUGAGAAUUUUGAAAUCAAGGUGACAGAACUGCGAGGACUCAGUACGAUCCUGGUUGGCACUGUAACAUGUGACAGCAUCGAUUUCUUUACAACUAGGCCUCAAACCAUCAUUGUGGAUAUAACUGAACUUGGUACCAUCAAACUACAAUUGGAAGUGCUCUGGAAUCUACAGCCUCAGUGUUAUCUGAAGUUUUCUACCCAUGUCCAAACUUAUUUAGCUUCUGAACUCAUUACAAAUGUUGCCAUGUGCUGCCACCUUCUGAGACAUGUUAACUUAAGAGUUGAGCUGAGUAUGAAGUCGGUUUUGCAACAAGGAAAGAAACAUGCAAAUAUCAGGGAAGAGACCCAAGAUUCCUGCAUCCUGAGCUACUUGGAUGACUGUGAUUUUAACAUGCGUCUGAGGAGUGUAAGUCACAGCCUUACAGAGACAACUGAAGGAAGUUCAUUUAGUUCUGAAGACCAGAAAGUGACAGAAAGUAGAAACAUGACUCCACCAUCAAAUCAAAGGAAGUUGCCAUUGGCUAUUCUGCAGAAUAAUUGUGCAGAAGGAGAGGAACGGGAUAUUUCAAUAUGUCAGCCUCCUGGCCACAGAACUUUAGAUAUCCUACAAGAGACACCCUAUGCUGAAACCUCUUUAAGUAUUCCAUCAUGUCGGCUGGAAGAAGACAAAAAUGGUGGCAAGUCCAUCACUCGGGACUGGCAUUACCCUUCAGAGCAAGAAAGAAAGAUUCUCUCUGUUGAACAAAGAGACUGGAAUGAUAAUGAUGAUGCCAAACCUACUGGAAAGACCAAGUCAAUUCAGAAGAUCCUACAGGAAGUAUUAAAUUUGCUGAAGUCACAGGGUCCAAGUCCUAUUCCCCUGGAGGAAUUGGAAUACCAGGUCUUCUGUAUCCAGGACAAAUUAAAGCCCAAAAAGUAUCAUCCAAAACACUCUUCUAUGGAAAGUUUGAUGGUAGAGACUGUGUUGGAAAGCUUUGACUUCCUCAAUGCCGACUGCAGUGCUGAUGAACUCUCAUCCUUUGGAAGUGUAAGGACCUGCAGCACCAGCAUCUACAAUGAUGCCACUCUUUCUUCUCUGUGUUGUGAUGCCCACAUGGAAAAGGAGUUGACCACAGGAUGUGAUGACUUGGACAGACUGCUGGAAAUCCACUUGCAACUCUGCUGGGUCCUUCUGCAGAAACUCAUAAAGCCAAACUUAGCUCCAAUUCUCCAGGAGAACCUUUUGAAGGAAGUGUCACAACAGAAGCAUGUCUUAGAAAUAAUUUCUGCUCUGGCUACUCCUGUGCCACGGAAAAUUACUUCAGUUGAAGAGAUUAUCCAAAAAGCCAAAAAGCAGAAACACUGCUUGAAGAUCUGGAGUGAGUGCACUGAACAGGGAAGCAUAUUAUUCUGUCCAGUGGAAAGAUUUUGGACGCCUUUGAAAUACAUAUUGAUGUUCAAAACAAAAGAAAAAUAUCGACAUCAUCUAGAAAAAGAUCUACUGCUAACAUGCAUCAUUUCCUUCCUCCAUGCUCUUCCUUUUUACACAGAUCUUUUAAGCAACAAUGAUGCCAAACUACAGCAAGCCGCUUGUCUAGCCCUCAAAAACCUCAGAGGCAUUGAAAGUCUAGAGCAAAUUGCCACACUGUGCCAAUCAGAAGCGGAGGAAGUAAGGACCACUGCCAGAGAAACAACACUUUCAUUUGGAGAAAAGGGAAGAUUGGCUUUUGAAAAAAUGGACAAAAUAUGCUGUGAACUAAGAGAGGCUAUGUAUCAAGAAGCUGAAAUUGAAAUUACAAUAUUUUGAACAAGAUCUUCAAAGGAAGACCCAGGAGUUAGAUUCUACAGUAAAAAGGAGUCUUCCAAGAAAAAAAGUAAAGUUGAACGCCAUUGGAAAAUGUAACAAACCACAAUUACAAAGAUUUUUAAGCAUCCACAUUCUAGUCUUAAAUAUAACUAAUAUUACACUUGCACUAUAUUUGGGUGCUGAAGAUGUAUAGUGAAACCCAAAACACCAUUUUUGGAUUUGAGGAAUGAGAUUGGAGAAGCUUCUUCUUAUUUUUUAAUUGUUAGGUCUCCCUCUUUGGUUUCCAUUCAAGACAAAAUAUUUAUCUUCUCUGACAAAAGAGGAGGCAGACUAUUUUAUAUGUAUUUAUUCAUUUAAUUCUUGUAGACCAAGAUUUUCAAAUGUAAAGUUCUAAACUUAUUAGCUCAUUGCAGCGAAAUAACUUGUGGUUGCCUUCUAGUGGCCGUCUCGCAGAUCUCACAGAGACCUUAUUCCUACACCAAAGGGCAAAAGUUGAGUCUGGUCAUUUCAAAUUGUGGUCAUUUUGUUUCCUUUUUACAUAAAACAUCCUAGGGAAGCACACAUCUCCCCUGGCCUCCCCCCCCCUCAUUCUUUGAUUUGGGGAGAGGGGCAUCUGCAAGGUUUUUAAAAAUCAUGGUGGCUACAACUGGAUUAUUGAAGUUUAUCCUGUUUUUAUUUGUAUCAUAUGCACAAGGCAUGCGAAAAAGCAGACAGGGCUUUGUACAUCGAGUAAAACUCAAGACAGAAAAUUCUUGGAUUUGUGGACUGAGAUUGGAGCUUUACAAAUAGUUGUUGGCCAUCCCUGUAGCUUCCAUUUAAGAUGAAUAUUAUCAUGUUCACAUUUUUGGCAGACCUCCUCUCCCUUAUUCCUUCCUCCUGCCCCACCCCUAUUGCACCUUUUUCCUAUUUCUACUUAUCCAACUAUUUGAAGAGCUGUGGUGGUACAGUGGUUAGAAUGCAGCACUGCAGGCUAACUCUGCCCAGCAUCAGGCAUUCGAUCCCGAUUGACUCAGCCUUCCAUCCUUCCGAGAUUGGUAAAAUGA